AUGGCAACAUCCUACGACAACAAGGACAAUGCCUCUUACCCUCCACCACAUAAUCCACCACCUCCCAGUUACUCCGGCGGCGACUUAUAUCCUCCGCCACCGCCCACUUCUUAUCAAUCAACAUACUAUCAGCAACCACCAGCCGCAUAUUCCUACCUAUCCUGCUGCUUCCUCUCAGCUAUCACCGCCAUUGUAACCAUCCUCGGCGCGAUUUUCAUGAUCGCGUAUAUCGUUCUCAAGCCUCGUAUUCCUGAGUUCCGAGUCGACUCGGCCACUGUCUCGCUGAAUUUCACCGGCACCUACCUAAACGCUAAAUGGGACAUGACAGUGAUAGUUUCAAAUCCUAACAAAAAACUUGACGUGACAUACGACGACGUUUUGGCUGGUGUAUAUUAUGGUAAUAAUAAAAAUGAUGAUAUUAUAACUGCAUUUCGCAUUGCACCUUUUUACCAACCAACAAGGAGUGAGACAAGGCUCCCAGUUCAUUUGGAUGUUGUUGAUGAGUAUGUCAAAAGUGAGAUUGGUAAUAGUAUUUUGGAAGCACGGGGUCGUGGAAUUGUUCAAUUUGCGGUGGUCAUAAAUGCUUUGGUGAAACUCACUGGUUUUUUCCAUCCCAGGGAUACUAUCUUGCAGUUUAAAUGUGAUCCUUUGAACUUUGGAGUUUCUCCCAACAAUACUUGGGUUUUAUUGACUGCUGUAACAUGUCAGACAUGA